AUGCCUAUAUCUCUUGACCACAUCGCUAACAGGCCCGGUCUUAACGAAAUGCGGUUAGCAGCAAUACUUGGACAGAUCAUGAAUGGCAUAUCUAAGCAACGCCUAGAACAUAGCUCGUUGACUUGCUCGAAUAUUCUCGCUAAUCCUGAUAGGGAUGUUAAGAUUGCGGACUAUAAAUGUUGCCAAUUUCGCCCAUCAGAAAAAGCUGAACCUCGAGAUAUCAGAGCAUUAAGCUAUAUAACUAUGGAGUUAAUGCAGGGAUAUGCUAAAGGGGACGGAGCCGUUGGCGUGGACGACCCGGGUCGUUGGAACUCGGAUGCUGUCAGCGUCCUCUCGGCGACAACUUCGGCAACUUCAGUAGACGAGUUGAUGAAGCACCCUUAA